CUCUGACCCGGGAGGGCUCAGGGGGCCGGCCUGGAAACCACAACCUCCCUGGCCCCCAGGAGCCAGCCUCUGCCCCUUCACCCCGCUUUGCUCUGUGACAGCUGGCCCGGUGCUGCAGGCCCAGAGGGGCAGCCGGUCAGUUGAUUGGUGAGUUAGUGUGAGUUUCCUACCCGGACAGCCCAGUCCAGCUGGUGGGGCUAGGGCGUGGGUGUGGCACCAGGAGUGGGUGGACCAUGCCCUCCCAGGCCAGCUCCCAGCAGCAUUAGGACCAGCAGCUGGACACGCUGCCCCAGGGCUUAGGAUCCCAGCUGGGACGGUGAGUCAGCCAGCGGGCCGGGCUCCCUGGAAUCGGGACCAGCACCUCCCGUUGGGGGCGCCCACCACCCAUGUCACCGGCAGAAAAACUGGACCCGCUUCCUGACACCUUCAUCCUGCAGCCGCCUGUCUUCCACCCGGUGGUUCCUUAUGUCACAACCAUUUUCGGCGGCUUACGCGCCGGCAAGAUGGUCAUGCUGCAGGGCGUGGUUCCGCUAGAGGCACGCAGGUUCCAAGUGGACUUCCAGUGCGGCUGCAGCCUGCACCCCCCGCCCGACAUCGCCAUCCACUUCAACCCUCGCUUCCACACCACCCAGCCGCACGCCAUCUGCAACACCCUGCAGGCCGGGCGCUGGCAGGCCGAGGCCCGGUGGCCCCGCCUGGCCCUGCGCAGGGGAGGCAGCUUCCGCCUCCUCUUCCUCUUUGGACACGAGGACAUGAAGGUGAGCGUGAACGGCCGGCACUUCCUCCACUACCGCUACCGGCUCCCGCUGUCCCGCGUGGACACCCUGGGCAUAUUCGGGGACAUCCUGGUGAAGGCUGUUGGAUUCCUGAACAUCAACCCGUUCCCAGAGGGCGGCAGCGAGUAUCCAGUUGGACACCCCUUCCUGCUGGGGAGCCCCAGGCUGGAGGUGCCCUGCUCACGCCCCCUUCCCCGGGGUCUCUGGCCGGGACAGGUCAUCGUGCUGCGGGGGCUGGUCUUGCCGGAGCCCAAGGACUUCACGCUGAGCCUGAUGGACGAGGCCGCGCGUGUCCCCGUGGCUCUCAGGGCCUCCUUCGCAGACAGGACGCUGGCGUGGGUGUCGCCCUGGGGGCGGAAGCAGCUGAUCUUGGCCCCCUUUCUCUUCUACCCCCAGCGGUUCUUCGAGGUGCUGCUGCUGUGCCAGGAGGGAGGGCUGAAGCUGGCGCUCAACGGGCAGGGCCUGGGCGCCACCAGCCUGGGCCGGCAGGUCCUGGAGCGGCUGCGGGAGCUGCGGGUCAGCGGCACCGUCCAGCUGUACUGUGUGCACCACUGAGGAGGGCCCGGGACCAGGAGGGCCCGCCACACUCAGCCCCAUGCUCUGCCCACCCCUCAAAGUGCCUGCCUGUUGCCGCCAUGCCAGGCCCAGCUCACUCCCAGGGUCCGCAGGGGCUGGGCCCCCCGCAGAGGGCAGGCAGAGGGGUGUGAGGGCGCCUUCAGCUCUGGGCCUCCCUCCCCCAGGAGCUGGGGGUUUGCCUCCGUCUUCCUUCAGGGCUUGGAGAGGAGGCAGGUUGUGUAGCUGAACAAAGGGACAGAAUCCUGGCUCAGGGACGUGACAGGCUCCUGCCGCCCACCUGACAGCGGGAGAGAACGGGCUGUGCCCACGGACCCCCAGGGUUGUCCUGGCCAGCAUCCCACCACCCCAGGCCAACGUCCCACCACCCCAG